UAGAAGAAGUUCGUACGUGUCUGGACGAGGAAAAACAGCAGAACGAGGACAUUUCGAGGAUAUUAUCUCGCAUCGUAGAUAUCGGGCUAAAAGGAGGAUGGGUUGAAUUAGACAAUAACCCUAUAAAAAUAUCCGCUAAAACUACUCCUGAACUUGCCACACCUCCACCAGAACGAGAAAACGGUGGCCGCGCAACGACAUCAAAAUGAUUACGGACAAAGGAUGUGUCGGUUAAGACACAUCCACAUAUGUACUGGGCAAUGCAGCAUCUUACUCGUCAUUCUCUUAAUAACCAAACAUUCAGCUUGCUUCUUUCCAACUUGCAGCAACAGCCGAACUUCUCAUGUCUCAACUCAACUUGGCCUUGUCUCGUCACGUCUGGGUUUCGACUACUUGUUCAGGUGGAGCACGCUUAUUCACAUGCAUGCAUGUUCCUUGGAGCUAGUGGUGAACAUGAGCACGAAGAGUAAAUGGCUACAUCCAGCGGAGUCGUGGCAGGGAAGCCAACUCACAACCCGAAAAUACACGGAAGAGAUUUUCUGCGCCUGUGCUGGGAUAGCAAUGACGUUCAGCUCGGGCAGAGAAGACUAACCGCUUGCCACGGUGACAUUAACAUGUGACUUAACCAUCUUGACACAACAUCUUUACUUCAGUUCGGGCCAGUUGCCCAUGCAUUCGAUCCUAUUUUCAAGAGGGUUACGACCUGUUAG